AUGAGCUUGAAAGAAGUAUUCGAACAACAUCCAUGGAGGUCAUUUAAGAAGUUCAAUGAAGCAGCAAAAAGUUGGGGAUUUACUAACAGAGCUGAAGUUAAAAAGUUCUUUGACAAAAAUGUUGUACAUCAAACAAAAAUAAACCCUUACGACUACUUUUUACCAAUUUACUCCAACACUCCUGACGCAUACCAAUUUGACACUCUCAUUCAAAGCAGAAAAGGAGGACAUAAACCAUUCCUCAUCUUCAUUAAUGUUAACACUCGCAAAGCUUUUGCGUAUAUAAUGAGGAAUAAAGGAACUCGUGAAGUGUUAAGAGUUUUACAAAAGUUUGUAGCAGAACAUAGCCCAAGUACUUUAACAUCAGACCAAGACAGUGCAUACCUCAGCAAUGAAAUCACAGAUUUUCUCAUUAAGCAUAACAUAACUCACUACACUACUGAAGACCAUAACCAUAACAUACUCGGCAUCAUAAACCGCUUCAUAAGACUCUCAGAGAUUUAA